AUGGAAGCUUCAGAAGGAGCCAAGUGGAUCUCCACAGCCGGCAAGACGACGACGAUCGAGUCCAUUCUCGGCAGUGGCGGUAUGGAUUCCGUUCGACUUCGUCUAUGGACGUCAGGCGACUACAACUUGACGUACACUCUGUCGAUGGCCAAGCGCUUCUCCAAAGCCGGAUACAAGAUCUACCUGGACAUGCACUUCUCCGACACUUGGGCCGACCCUACCAAGCAAGGCACUCCCAAAGGGUGGGACAGCACGUCGAUCACCACACUGUCGACUGCCGUCAAGGCUUACGUGACCUCAACGUUGAGGACCUUCACAAGUGCUGGUGUCAAUAUCGACAUCUUGUCCCUGGGCAACGAAGUCACGUACGGGAUGCUCUGGCCAUCGGGUAGGGUCUCCAAUGGUGACUACAGCGAGUUUGCUACGCUAUGGAAAGCUGCGCGUCAGGGCGUGACGGCUGCUGCUGCGGCCGGUACAAAGAAGCCCAAGGUUAUGAUUCACAUCGACAAUGGCUGGAGGUACAGCUCCGUCUCGGCCUUCUUCAAGGGCCUUUUCGCGACGGGCAUCGUGACUACUAGCGACGUUGACGUCUUUGGCUUCUCGUACUACCCGUUCUACGGCACGGGGGCUACGAUUUCGGCGCUCACGUCGUCUCUGACGCAGAUCGCGAACACGUAUAAGAAGCCUAUCUACAUCGCGGAGACCGACUGGCCGACGCAAUGCACGAAGGUCACGCUGAGCGCUUCCUACCCGGCGAAUGCCUCGGGUCAACGCCAGUGGGUUGCUGCUAUUAUGAGUGUACUGAAUGGCCUACCGAACGGUUUGGGGGCUGGUAUUUUCUACUGGGAACCAGCGUACUUGAAGGUUGCUGGGCUUGGCAGCUCGUGUGAAUCAGCUCUGCUUUUCAGCGUCAAUUGGGCCAAUUGGCCGACGACGUACGCCACGGCGCUCUCGUCCGUCUACAUGUACGCGUAA